AAGAAGCUUUUGUUGUAUUUCAACAUACGGAAUCGAUGGGAAUACAACUUUACUUAUCGAGGCCAAUUUCUUUUUCAGAGAUAUUCUAUUGUGCGGCAUAAGUGUUUCCAGUCGGCUACGGAGUGUCUGCAGAAGAUCACCACCACUGUGGACCCGAAAGAGAAGCUGGAAAUAAUUCUGAAGACCUAUAAGGAGAUCGAGGUGACGGUAUCCCGAGUGGUGCAGAAGGAUUAUAAACUUCCGAUGGACGAUCUGCUGCCCCUCCUCAUCUAUGUCGUGUCCCGAGCGGGAAUACAGCACUUAGGAGCUGACAUCCACUUUAUCCAGGACCUGAUGGACCCCACUAAUCGGGGCGGUAUCUACGACUUCCUGUUAACAGCCUUGGAGUCCUGCUAUGAACACAUUCAGAAAGAUGAAACGCGGCUUUUCAAGUGAUACAACCGAGGGGGAAAAAAUGUUCUAUCGCGCCGC